UGUAGCGCCUUGGUUGACAUUGUUGUUGUUGUGGGAGUAAGAAUGUACUUAGUCGUCAAGUCUUUUUAAGACAAGAAGCCAGACGUGUUUUUGACAUUUACACAAAGCUGAAUAACACAUUACCCCAGGAGGAAGUGAUUUUCUGCGAAAGAAAGGCCCGGAGCGGGAGGAAAUGAGAGAGAAAUUCCGCGAGGCCGCUCGAGGUGUGGCUGAAACAGUCCUACUGCUGUGAGGGAGAAUUGAUCUCCUGUCUUUUCUCUCUCCUGAUGUCCCCUUCUGCACUGUAAAUUCAUGAUCACAUGACUUUGGAUAUGGACGCAGUCCUGUCCGACUUUGUCCGUUCUACUGGAGCUGAACCCGGACUGGCCAGAGACCUGCUGGAGGGAAAGAACUGGGACCUCUCGGCUGCGCUCAGUGACUUUGAACAGCUGAGACAAGUGCAUGCUGGGAACCUCUCGUGCACCUUUGCUGAGGAGAGAGAGUAUCCCUCCUUUGAAAAGGAGAUCGCUCGGACGGGACGGCCUCUCUUGCAUCGGCAAGAUGAGGUUGUUCAAGCAGCAACGGAGAAGCGACUGUCGAGGGGAAUCUCUCACGCCAGCUCCACCAUCGUCUCCCUGGCCCGCUCACACGUGUCCAGUACGGGCGGCAGCAACGAGCCACUUCUGGACACUCCACUCUGCACCUUCCAGUUGCCUGACCUCACUGUCUACAGGGACGAGUUCCGCGGCUUCAUCGAGAGAGACCUCAUUGAGCAGUCCAUGAUGGUGGCCUUGGAGCAUGCUGGACGGUUGAACUGGUGGACUCGUUUGGGGACUGGCAGUCAGAGUUUAUUACCUCUGGCUACUAGUGGUGAUGGGAACUGUCUGUUACAUGCUGCUUCACUGGGUAUGUGGGGUUUUCAUGAUCGAGACCUAAUGCUGCGGAAGUCUCUCUAUGCACUGAUGGAUCAUGGGCAGGAGAGGGAGGCUUUAAAACGAAGGUGGAGAUGGCAACAAACCAUGCAGAACAAAGAGUCGGGACUGGUUUACACAGAGGAAGAAUGGCAGAAAGAGUGGAAUGAGUUGUUGAAGCUGGCAUCCAGUGAACCCAGAAUACACUACAGCACUAACGGCAGCAACGGUGCCGAGUCACAGGAGGAGCCGGUGUACGAGAGCCUGGAGGAGUUUCAUGUGUUCGUUCUUGCUCAUGUCCUCCGCAGGCCGAUAGUGGUGGUGGCUGACACCAUGCUACGGGACUCUGGGGGAGAAGCUUUUGCACCAAUUCCAUUUGGAGGGAUUUACCUGCCCCUCGAAGUACCAGCCAACAAGUGCCACCGCUCCCCUCUCGUUCUGGCAUAUGACCAGGCCCAUUUCUCUGCCCUGGUCUCAAUGGAGCAGAAAGACAGUUCCAAAGAACAAGUAGUGAUUCCUCUGACGGACUCAGAUCAUAAGAUGCUGCCUUUGCACUUUGCUGUGGAUCCUGGAGAAGAGUGGGAAUGGGGCAAAGAUGACAACGAUAAUGUGAUGCUGGCAAGUGUAACCUUAUCUCUGGAGGCCAAACUCCAUCUGCUACAUAGCUACAUGACUGUCACCUGGCUUCCUCUUCCCUGUGAGGUACAGCAGGCCCCAUUGGCCCAGCCAGAGUCACCUACAGCAUCUGCAGGAGAGGAUGCCCGCACACCUCCAGACUCCGGAGAGUCCGAUAAGGAGUCCGUCAGCAGCAGUUCCAAUGGCAAUGGAGACAGCAGCACUACUGGAACCAGUGGCACAACAGGCAAAACAAGUGGUGGAUCUUCCAGCUCCUCUAGUUCAUCCAGUAACAGUUCAGCAGGGACAACUGGCACACUUGGAAAGGAGAAGGGGAAGAAAGACAAAGAAAAGGAUAAGGACAAGAAACGUGCAGACUCCGUUGCCAACAAGCUGGGUAGCUUUGGCAAGAGCUUGGGCAGUAAGCUGAAAAAGAAUGUGGGAGGCCUGAUGCCUGGGAAGAAUACAAGUGGAACUGGAUCCAAACAGGACGGUCAAGAGAAGAAGAAAGGUUCUCUGAGAGGUCGUAAGGGCAGUAAGGACAGCUCUCCCUCUAUUCAAACAGGCUCUGAGGACUCUGGGAAAGGUUCACCCUCCUCAACCAGCGAGCGACAAAAUGGAACCUAUUCUUCUGAAGGCGACCCUUUUAAGUACAGCUCGGAUGUGAAAGUGAGUCUAAGCAUCCUCCGAUCCGCUAUGCAAGGCGAAAGGAAGUACAUCUUCGCUGCGCUACUCACUACAAGCAACCGGCAGCCGUUUCAGGAGGAAAUGAUCCAGCGCUACCUGGUUGAUGCCGAGGAGCGCUUCCGUGCCGAACAGGAACAGAGAAGGGAAGCUGAACGGAAAGCGGCAGGAGGUCUUGCAACCACUGCUGGGUCCCAACUAAAAAAGGACGGGCCUGAGCUGGGUUACAGAAGUUUUGAAAGCAAGGAGGAAGUCACUGAUAACUCACCUCCUACUUUUAAUGCUUUGAAGUCGUCGUCUUUCAGCCCAGUGAUGUACUCUGGUGUGGUUCCAAUCCCCAGGCCCACCUUCAUUGACCAUUCUCCUACCCCACUCACGCAGCAUCUCCAUAUGCAUGGUUAUUUGGAUACGCGGCGGCAGCUGGCAGGAGGUUCUCCGUCAUCUUACCCAGGACUACCAUCCUAUGCUACCUUGCCCCGGCACUGCCCCCUUGCACAGGGCCCGCCCCAUACCCAGUACCACCCUCCCUCCACCAGCUUGGGUAGCCCAUCCCGUAUCAUUAGCCCUUGUCUGACGACUUUUCCCCAAGAUCAUGACCCAAUCGAUUACCCAACCGAACCUGCUGGAGGUUACACAAAUGGCUUGCGGGACUCACGUUUCACUUUGGACAGUCGCAAUGGGCCAAUGCCCGUGAGGCAUUACUCUUUAGGCAGUGCGGGUGGCCUUGCCAACCUGCAGUCCAGCAAAUGCCGAACGCCUACGUGCAAUUACUACGGCCACCCUGAGACAGGCAAUUACUGCUCGUACUGCUAUAGAGAGGAGCUGAAGAGACGGGAAACGGAGCCGGCCAUACACAGAUUUUGAAUGGACAAUCUCUGUCCCUAUAGGACUCAUUGGAGACCGCCGUGUGAGCCACAUCAUAUCCUGUUUGCGUGGAUCUUGCUUCAAGACAUGAGUUCGGCCUUUCUGAACCAGGUUGCUAAGACUCGGCGUCCGCAAUGAAUGGCCAUUGUGGGAAUAGGACUGCUGUUGUUACAUUUGCUGUGGCUCAUAGGCAGGAGCUUUAAGCUCCACCCACAUUUGCUUGACGUGGUCAUAUUCUUUCCUGUCUCCUUGUCUCCUCCUAGUGGCGAGAAUGUAGAGCACAGGCAAUAGACAUCGGAGCACAAUGUGCUACGCUGCAUUUCACGAACACUCCGCAUACCCCAAAAUACACGUUAAGCACAACCAGAAAAUGCGUAUUUAUAUCAGCUGCGUUUGUAUACAUAAUAAUAAUAAUAGACAUUUCAUGUAGGAUUUCAGCUGCAGUCAAUGUAAGAUUUGCCAUAUUGCAAGUGUAAGGCAAAACUACACUGUUAACUUCAAAUGAGUGUUAUCUGUAUUGGCCCAAUGCUACAAUAAUUGAACUUGCACCCCUUUGGAAGCCAUACCCGACUGGCUUGAAUUCGGUGAAAUGGUGCUUUCUCGCUUUUAAGAUGUUCAACUUAUGGAGCUGAACCUUGAUAGCCAAAGGUUUUGCUUUGGGUCUUUACAUGUCCAUAUUUUAAAAUUCACAGUUCUUUAUGUUCGACCAAGUGUUUCUACAACAUUUAAAAGUGCAAAACCUUUAAAAUUAUCGCAAAAAUGAAAUUAAAACCAGAUGUCAUUUUUCGAAAAUGGUACACCAUGCGGAAGAGUUACGUUAAUAAAUGAGUUCUAGGUACUCACAGGUCAAAGGGGGCUAAUGUUGAAACAAUUUCUGACGCCUUCAAAUGUUACCGGCUUAAACGUUAAUGAUCGAUCGCCCCCAGAGCAGUCACUGCACCAAAAUCAAGCACUUUUCUAACGUCCCGAGGUUGCGCGUGUGGGUUUCAGGCAGACAAUGAAUAGACUGUUAUGUUGCUGUGCUUCUAGUCUGGCAUUUCUCUCCGUUCUGGAGGGAGAACUGCGGAGGUCAGGGUUCGGCUGUAGGUGCCACUGUUGUGCACAAGCUCACUUGUUUCCUAGUUGCCUUUUCAGUCUUAUUUCAGGGGGAUUGUUGAACUGAAUUUCUACUUUCUGUUUGGUUUUGGAUUCACAGUGCUUGAUAUUUGUGGACGCUAGCAGAUCUCUCAGUAUCUCAAUUACAUGAUGCAUGGUGCAUCGACAUCAAAAUCUUAUUACGCUGUUGACUGACAUAAAAGCCAGCUAGUCGUACAAUUCAGCCAGAAACAAAAAUACUGUUAUUAACUCAGCCUUACAUGUCAUUCCAAUCCUGUAUGAUUUGCAAAUACAAAAGUAGAUUGUUCUUUUCCAGACAAUGGAAGUAAAUGCAGACCGAUCACUUAAUGUGAGUAACGGACCAGAAGUCAUUAUUCACAGAAAGUCUUCCGCUCCAUCUCGCCUAUACUGACAGAUUUGACGCCAGUGAUGACAAACGCCUUUUGGUUCGUGUGUCUUAACUGAGCACAGCGAGCCAAUGUGGAUGUGCGAACGAUAUUUUCAGAGCUUACGCUGGAGGGCAAAACUAGCAUACAUCACUUUUUUUUCGGUUUUCUCUGAAAACCAGUCUGUUACAUGUCACAUGUACAUGUUUACUAAUUUUGCUCUGUUAAAAUAUUUAGUUACAGCAUUUCGACUCUUUCACUUUCGUUGUGUGGAAAAGAGCAGUCUGAGCGUUCUGCCAGAAAGUCAUGCAGGUUCAGAACGACGCGAGGGUGAGGAAAUGACGAGUGAAUAUCCCUUUACCCUGUCUUUGCUCACGUGAAACGGGCUCUAUAGUACUGUAAGAGGAUGUUGCUGCUGUGAUCGCGUUCAUUUGAUGUGGGUAAGUGUUAGUGUUCUGAUGGUAGAUGUAGAGUUGGUGUUGUAGUCGCAGCGAACCCACUACCGCUUCUCAAACACCCGAUACAGAUGUAAUCAGUCGUAUGCAAAUAAUUGUGUAACUGUGUCAGCUCAAGGCCACAAUGUUCCUACAUUUGCAUUACUGGUUUGCACAAUUACAUAUAUGCUAGGUUAAUAUCCUAACAAAAUUUUAGCUUACCUCUUCAUCUGGUAUCUCCCGUGCGUUUGAAGCUGCACAUUCUCGGUUUAGAUUCAUUUACGUUUAAAGCACUAAAUUGUCUAGCAUCACUGACAGAGUGAUGUUUUGCAGCAGAGGGUUGCUGGUUUUGUUUUUCACCCAAAGACAGCGAGACAUGCCAUUCACCCUUUUAACCAAAAGAUGGCACACUUGUUUAGGUUUCCACCUUUGUGGAAAUCGACGCAUCCCUACCGACCUUUUGAGACCGAUUGCUCACGUUUUCAUAGUGUAAAUAAGGGAAGAAGAGUAUGCUGCUGCUGCUGCUGCUUUUAUUUAAAUAUAAAUUGGAAUUGACAGAUUUUACAAUUUUUAUUUUAUUUCUGUCUUACGUAAGGCAUACUCCGUUUACCCAGAUUUCCACUCCAAGUCGCGAAACAGGAAUUCAGCGUGUGAGCUUGUGUCUGUGUGUGCGUGCGUCGUCUGGUGAUUUGUGCUUUUGCAAACCUAUUGCAGCUUAAGGCACAAAACAUGAGGGAAUUGUCAGCGCAAUGACAACUACUCUCUAGUUGGAGUUCAUGUUCUCCUUCCAAUGUACUCGUCGCUUGCGUUUAACGGAUCCGGUUAUUUAACGAACGGAAAGCUCAUUCAGCCACCCCGAGCGUUGGACUUCAAUAAGAGCGCAAACAUUUUUGUAUUAUGAAAUAAAACUGUUGUAUAAAUACGUUCGAGUUAUUUUUGUAAAUCAAGCGCAGUUUUACAGUGUUUUUUAAAGAUACGAAUGUAUGCUGUAGGACCGUACCCCGAUUGGUGGUGGAGUCAGUAUUCUGGAGCGUACGACGAUGGCUGACAAGAGAAGCCUCUUAAGUCCAAGUGUUUCUUGUGAACAAACUAAUUUCUCCAUCAGUGAUCUGACAAGGUAUGAUUUGAAAAUAUAUAUUUGUAGUAAGAUUUUUCAAAGAGUUUGGGAUGUUUAGUUCUGAAACUAGGAUGUUCUUUCUUACGUGGCUAGUUGUCAAACAGACGGGCCUCCUGAAGAUUCCUAAUUUUAUUUCUAUUUUAAAAGAAAAUGAUACUUAAUCGGAUUUUGAGUACAUUUUUUUUUUUUUUUUUUUUUUUUUAACUGUGGCGGUGGAGUUCACCACCGUUGGUUUUCACACACUAAAUUCUCUUAUUUAAUACAGUGGGCUUUGUUUUGUUAUGAUGUAGCUUACUAUUUUUAUAUGGUAUGUUUUCAUGGAUGUGACAGAGCUACAGUCGACAGCAUUCUCGAAUUUGCAUGAGACUGAAACUGUUGCAUGUACAGAACUGGCAGAUGCAAUUUAUCUAAUCAUAUUUGUGCAUUACUUCUGGCUAAUUGGGCAAUUGUGUUUGUUUUCAGCCAUUUUUACCUUUCUCCUUGUUUGAGAGGUGACCCCAGGCUGUGUGACAGUGCAAUCUAGGUGGAAAGAACAUCUGAUUUUUAUGUUAGUUUUAUUUUAUUUUUUUCUUUUCUUUUUUGCACCGUUUUAAUAAAAUUCUCAUUGUAUUUAAA